AUGACAACUCGCAAUCUACUCUCCGGUCCCGUCACUCUAUCUGCCGCAACAGCGAAAAGCAGAAAUGUUCUUCACGCUCUGGAAUACCCGCAGCAGAAAGAAGAUUUCUACAAGCGCAUGGAGACCCAUCGUCCUCUUCUGGCCGAUCUCGUAGCACAUCACCUUGGCACCAAACCACCCGACGUUACUAUUUCUUCCCAAGAUUACUGGCGCCAUGGAUCAUUCAAUCUUUGUAUACCUGUCCAUGUCAACCCCUCUGCGAAGCCAAAACCCCCACAGCUCGUGUUGCUCCGCUUUCCGUUGCCUUAUCGCGUUGGAGAAGCACUUCGGCCUGGCAACUCAGAUGAGAAGGUCAAUUGUGAAGCUGCAACAUAUGCCUGGCUCCAAGAGAACUGCCCUUCAGUUCCUAUACCGCAGCUUUACGGCUUUGGGCUGUCUACUAACCAAAGAUUUACGAAUCUUGAUUUCCUUCCGUGGUGGUCGCGCUGGUUCCAGCAAGCUCGCCGCUAUUUUCUAGCUACCUUUGGCUUCCGGCAGCCUUCACGAUACGUGUGCCAUCCCUCUAGCCGCUUUGCCGACCUUGAUAUCGGCUACCUGCUGAUCCAGACUAUUACAUCCGGAGAGAUGCUUUCAGAAUCCUGGGACGAGAAGCAUGACGAUGCCCGUCUCCAAGAUAAUCUACAGCGAAGCCUCGCUAGGAUAAUGCUCUCGCUUGCAAGCGUUCCGCUGGCGCGUAUCGGAGCAUUCCGACUGGACAACAACGGGUAUUUGCAAUUAGACAAUCGUCCGAUGAACGUCAUGUUUGCUAUGCAUGAGAACGAAGGCAUCCCCCUUGAUAUUUCCAGACACACAACCUUCUCCAGCGUCGAUGACUUUGUCCUUCAGCACUUGGCGGCUUUUGACAACCGGCUACUCUACCAGCAAAACGCCAUCACUAGCCGUGACGAUGCGUGGUACCAGAUGACCAGUCUAGCUGCCGCAAGAGCUAUAUUCCCGCAAAUGUUCCGGAGAGACUUUUGCAAUGGCCCUUUCGUGUUUACUUUAACCGAUAUGCAUCGAAGUAACAUCUUUGUUGACGAGGACUGGAAUGUUACUUGCAUCAUUGACCUAGAAUUUGCCUGCUCGUCGCCCAUCGAAUUUCUCCAGCCGCCAUACUGGCUCGGCGGUGGAUUAAUCGACGAGAUUGAACCUACCGAAUUCGCACCAAAGCAUAGUGCAUUCCUCGAGCUGCUCAAGCGAGAAGAACAGCUUCACAACUACCAAAGAAAUGCAGAGCCCCUCUCGUGUAUCAUGCGCCAAGCAUGGAUAAACGGGGCGUUUUGGGUCACGCUAGCGGUAAAGGAUCCAGUAGCCUUUACGGAGAUAUUCUACGAUCGUAUAUUGCCCAGCUAUUUCUCCUACUCUCCGGAAGAACUAAGCAACGCCGAUUAUAGAUUCUUUGCCCGUCUUUGGCGCCCCAACAUCUCUGACAUUAUUGACAAGAAACUACAAGACCGAGACACGUAUUUAGAGAGACUCAAUGCAGUCUUCACCGACUUCACAUGA